GAAAUCUCCCAAUGGAGUCAUCCCGUCUUCGAGUGGAGACUGAGAGCAUACCACCGUCUCCCCUCCGACCGUGGUGUUUCUGGUCGUCGCCCUUUGGCCGUAAAGAAACAGAAACUCCGUCCAACUCCGGCGAUUCGUUAACCGGCACAACAAUUUUUCCGGUGAGUGGAAGGAUCAGUAAGGAGACAAAAACUACGUUGAAGAGAGAAUGAGUAAGAGGCCCCCGCCGGACCCCGUGGCCGUGCUCCGAGGUCAUCGGACCUCUGUCAUGGACGUUUCAUUUCAUCCAUCUGAACCUCUUCUUUUUUCGGGCUCUGCAGACGGUGAGUUGCGUAUUUGGGACACGUCCCAGCAUCGAACUGUAUCAUCGGCAUGGGUGCAUAGUGCAGCACACGGAAUUGUUAGUGUUGCUUGCAGUCGUUCUAUUGGGACAAAUAGAGUUGUCAGCCAGGGUAGGGAUGGAACUGUAAAGUGCUGGGAUAUUGUUGAUAGGGCUCUGUCCAGAGAUCCCACUGUCACAAUCAAGACAAAUGCCUAUCACUUUUGCAAACUCUCCUUGGUGAAGCAGCCUUCUUCUGAUUUAGCAAACCAUGAAGAUGGUCCUAAGUGUAUUAAUGAUCGAAACAAGAAGCCUGUUGAGGUGGAAACUUUGAGCUGCAGCAGAGAAAAGGCUCAAGGAAUUUCUACUGAGCAUGCAUGCAGAUCAGAAGUUGAUGGGUUGAAGUAUGUGGCUGUCGCAGGGGAGCGAUCUUCAGAGGUUGAAAUUUGGGAUCUGAAUACUGGGGAAAGGUUGCUACGACUUCCUCCAAACUGUGAAGGGGAUUGCCGAAAUAUCUCUACCAAGGAUAGAGGAUUGUGCAUGGCAGUUCAAGCCUUUUUACCUCCUAAAUCUCAGGGAUUCUUAAAUGUCUUGUCUGGAUACGAGGAUGGUUCCAUGCUUUGGUGGGAUCUAAGAAAUCCGGCAGUUCCAUUAACAUCAGUGAAGUUUCAUGUAGAGCCAGUUCUUAGCAUCUGCAUCAAUGGAUCGUGCCAUGGUGGUAUCUCAGGAGCUGCAGAUGACAAAGUUGUGAUGUUUAGUUUGGAUCAGUCCACGGAGACAUGUUUGGUGAAUAAAGAAAUUACUUUGGAACGGCCUGGCAUAGCAAAGGUCUCUAUUCGACCAGAUGACAAGAUUGCUGCAACUGCUGGUUGGGAUCACAGAGUGCGGAUAUAUAACUAUCGGAAAGGAAAUCCUCUUGCUACAUUGAAGUACCAUCAGGCCUUGUGUAAUGCUGUAUCAUACUCGGAAGACUGUAAGUUAAUGGCAUCUGCAUCAGAAGACAGAACAGUGGCACUUUGGGAGCUCUAUCCUCCUCGAACUUAAAUUCAAUUGGCUGAUGUUGCUCCUAACUUUGGCGGGGUACAACGUCUGACUUACUGUGCGCUGAUGUGCCUUAAUUAUGUUUUUAUUUUGAGGGUUAAAAAUCACUUUGAAAUAACAAUUUAGUUCUGAAAUUUUAGUUUGUAACGAUUUAGUUUUUAUAUUUUUAGUUUUAUAACAAUUUAGUCUUUAAAUUCUAGUA